AUGAAGGGAAACUCUAAAGAACUUGCUUUAUAUUACAAAGAACUUCUACAAAAUGGAUAUAAUUCUGAUGUAAUUAUUCGCUUUGGUCAGGAAGAAAGUUUAGAGAAACUUUAUGCACAUUCACUUAUUUUAAGAGCACGCUCCACUUUUUUUGAUACUGCUCUUUCCAGUAGAUGGGCUAAAAAAGAAGGAAAUUCUUUUAUUAUUGAAAUGAAAGAUGUGCCAAUAAAUAUAUUUAAAGCGGUUUUAAGUUACAUAUAUACUACAGAAGUUUCUUUAAACGAAUUAGAUGGUAUUAAGUUCUUAGAAUUUUUAGUAGAAAUAAAUAAAUUACUUCUUAGUGAAGAAAUUGUUAGUAAAUUAUUUUCUUCAGUACAAGGACGAUUUGAAAAAUUAAUACGAAGUGAUGCAAUUAAAGUAUUACAAAUUGUUUUUCAAAAUAAUAUAUUCGAAUCACUUCAGAAAGAAUUCAAACAACAUAGGAAAUUUUUUGAAAAUAUUUUAUCGAAAGAUUUAUUUAAUAAUAUUUUAAAUUAUCAUCUUGAUCCUAAUUCUUUACCAACGAAAGCCAGAGUUUUACCAUCAAAGAAGUUAUUUUCUUUAUUUUUUAAGCGAUUCGAAGAUGACCAGCAAAUAGAAUGGACCUUGGAGUUAUUAUCAUCAUCUGCUAAUUUUGCUGAUAACGUUUUAAGAAAGCUGAAUGGAGCAGAAGUUUUAAAACUCAUAAUGAAGACCAACGAAUUUAAAAUUCAAAAUGGUAUGAAUUAUAUAUUAUCAAAAAAUGAUAAUGCAAAAGUUAUUUUAGGCAAGCUGGAUAGUGUUGAAAUAUUAGAAAUUAUAGAAAAGUCUGAAGAACUACAAAUUCAAGGAGCAGUUACUAAAAUACUAUCAAAUAAACGUAUUUCCAAUAUUAUAUUACGUAAAUUUAAUGAAAAUGAUGUUUUAAAGCUCAUGAGAAUACCAAAUAACAUGAAAUAUAGAAAAGCUGUUGACGAUCUAUUAACAAGUGAUGAGUUUAUUAAAAUAAUUCUUGAUAAAUUGAAUAUUGAACUAUUAUUACAAUUUAUGAAAACAGCAGUUGAACUACCAACUAAAAUAAUUAUUUAUAAACUAUUUACAAAUGUAAACCUUAAACUAAAUUUAAUGGUUUCUUUAUAUGUAGAACAAUAUUUAGAAAGUCUUAUUCAAAAUGACGCAGUUGGUGUAUUGCAGAUGGUUUUUAAUCAUGAUAUAUGUGAAAUAUUUAGAGACUACAGCAUUUAUCUUAUAUGCGUCUAUCCUGGUGCACUAUUUGAUAAUCCAAAGCUUAUUCAAUUAGACCGAUCCAUUUUAAUUCUUAUAUUACAACGUGAUGAUAUGGGAAAAUUAGAAGAGAAAAGCAUUUGUGAUUACUUAAUUAAAUGGGGCACUGCUCAAAACAAAGCCAUUAUUCGAAAGAAUAUAAAAACUUGGACAAGUCAAGAUUAUAAAAUUUUUGAGAAAUCUAUUCACGAAUUUAUUCCUUUGAUUCGUUGGUUUAAAAUAUCAUCAAAAGAUUUUAAGCAAAAUCAAUCCCUUUUUGAAAAUGUUAUACCAGAUAACUUAUAUCAAAAUAUUGUAGAUUAUCAUCUUGAUCCUACUUCAUCACCAAAGGGAAAGGAAGUUUUACCACCUAGAUAUUUACCCGAUAUAUUCCUUCUUAAACCUCGACACUUUAAAAUUUUUGAAAGCUGGAUUGAAGAAGUUGAUCAAAAUGAUGGUCGUAAAAAUAAAAAUCUUUUUAACAAACUUCAAAAUGAUUUUAAUACUUCAAAACUUGCACGUGUUAAAAAGAAUAGUUUAGCUUCGGAAUAUUAUUCAGAUUAUGGGCCUUGCUUUGGUUGUAAUAAGAAUGACUUUGAUAUGUAUAUUAAUUUAGAUGAACUACAUAUUUCAAGUUCUAAUAUUUAUCCAAAUUUAAAAAGUUUUAUAAAAUUAAAAACGACACUUGAAAUAGAGGAUUAUGAAGUUUGGAAUUUAUGGUGA